AUGUUCGUACCUAAGGCGACCGCUUCUCUGCGCAGUUCGCGAAGGCGUCAGCGGACAAGCUCUGGCGAAUCCAUCAAACAACACAAAGCCAAAAGGCAGCGAUCCGCCCAGGAAAAUGUCGAAUCUGAGUUAGAGAAUGAUAGGAUCGAACGCGACUAUCAACGUGAAUCAGUCGGCCUGCACGUGUCUGAAUCGGAUAAAGCCAAACCUGAGACUACUGAAAAUAUAGGAGCCCAAAAGCAGAUUGCGAUCAGGGGUCCAAAAAAACCUGACAAGCGAGAUGAUGAUAAUGACAUCGACGGAGCAGUCGUUCUUUCAAGGACAAAUCUCUACACAGUUUCACAAUUGCCCGCCUUGCCGGACCAAAUACGGGAAUCGCAAUCAGGGCACUUCGCAUGCUCCUUCGGGACUGGCCACGGAUAUGCAUUAGUACUGACACAAUCACAUGCUGUCAUCUGGCCUUACUCGAGUUCCGCUUCGUCACCAUCCCCAGCUGAAGUUUUUACCCUAUCAGUGCCUGAGUCCUGCAGAAAUACCACCGCAGAAGCACCUCUUGGUGUCCUUUUAUCGACUGCUACAGCCGGCCCUCCAGGCUUAAUGGUGAUUAUACCUUCCACUGGGAAAGUAGUUUACUGGGAAACCGUGUCGAGCGCCACCUCCCUGGGACUAUCCAGACAUAAACAGAAUGGACUGCAGGGUUCUAUCUCAGGCUUGUUGUAUGGGGAGCAUGUCACAGAGGUGGUCAACGGGGAACCCUCUGGUGUUAUUGCAACACUUUCAUCAGGUAGAGUCGCUCAGAUAACUGUCAGGAGCUCGCAGGGAAAGCCAACAAUUGUUUCUAAUUUUCUACGGAACUCAACAAAUGGCAGCAUGGGGCUCCUGGGCGGUAUCAGGAACGCUCUGGCAGGUGGCUUCUGGCGAAAAGAGGUUGCUGCGGCAAGACCCGGUAUAUCUCGUCAACGCGGGCAGCGUGAUAUCUUAGUUUCUACGACAAACGGUCUUGUGGAAGUCUGGGAUACGCACUGGAGCAAUGGCAGCAUCUUGAGAGCGCAAUUCGACAUCAGGCAACACUUGGCCGAGUCUCUUGGUCCAAAGUUGACAGAUGAAUCUGGUAAUCAUACCCUCAAGAUUCUUGACUUAGCUUCCGGUGCUGGCAAUGACAGUAAUGUGCGCGGAUCACAAGCCCCCGAAACGGAAAAGUGGCCACUUUACUUCGUUGUGGAACUGCCGCAAGGACCUAAUUCCACAGGCUUAUGGGUAAUUCGAAUCAUCUUAUCUGACGACGGACGUGUUUUGUCAACUCGCCUCAUAGACUUGCACCAUACUCGAUCAGGCUCAAAUGAGUCAAAGCUACGGCUGUUCGUUUCGAAACCCGGCGAUACGGGCUUUAUCGUCAUUGGACAAUCUAUCAUUGUAUUGUCGUUGGCCCAAUUUGAUGACACGAUAGCACCGCAAGACUCGCACCCACUGCCUUCGCUUUUCUGUGACAGAAUUGAUUUUCGAACCGGCCAUGAGUAUGAAAUACUAGGCAGCGGCUUUGAGGAGGCAGUCCACCAUAAUCCGUUACCUGCAUGUUUUGUAAUGGUCAGGGGAUUCGGGGUUGUGCGAGUCUCAGCAGUGCCUCGCCGAUGUGGUGUCGGCGGAGAACAUGUGACAACGGCCAAACAUAAACUUGAACAAGCUGUGUUCUAUGGGACUAUGCUAAAAAACCCGUUGAAUUUGGCCAGUAGAGGAGGCUUGGAUUUCCCUGUCGAUGAAUUGGAACAAGCGGCUCUCGAAAUUUGCAGGGAAUUACUGCAGUCAAGUUCAAAAUACAUUCCAUCGUCCGGUAUUCCACUUGAUCAGAAUUUACGAUCACGAGCAAAGGCCCUACAUGAUCUCGCAUCUUUGCUUACACAGCGUGGCUUACCUUUGAAUAAUCUAACACAAUGGGAACUCUUAUGGGGGGCCGAAAAGCUCGCUGCCCAGAGGGCCAUGUGGAAAAUAGAGGGAGAUUUGAGGAAGAACGCUGAUGAGCCAACUUUCUUGUCUCGUGUCAUCGAUCAGAUGAGCGAAAAGUUUAAGGCGAAGUUCGAUUCACGGCAUAGUGAUAAUGAUUACGUCCGCCAUUGGUUCCUUCACGAUACGCACAGAAUGGAACAUAUCAUCCCAUGGAUUUUUAACGCCAUAAAACUCCAGAAAGGCCAAUCAAAGCAAGGACGGAAGACGGCGGAGCAAAUAUUCCAAGCCAGUGAGUUCUCACUCGCAGUAUUGGAAACAGCUUUCCGGUUUCGAGAUGAGCAUGCUAGCCUCUAUGGCCUUAACGAAGAGUUUCUCGAGGACGGUGUUCUGGUCACCGGCUACGAGAAUUUACCAGAACCCUGGACGUCCCAUAACAUGGCCUAUGUUGAGACUGGGCACUUGUUAGAUCUGGAGCUUGGGAGUUGCAUGGCUUGGAUCCAACAGACGGUGUCCACUGUUGACGCGCCGCCAAAUGAUAUUGUGGAAGACAUCGCCAAAAACUGCGCUAGGCAACUUCGUGUCCUAAGCCAAAUGCAUGGCGAGCGAAUCCGUUGGCUUUCGUCUCAAGGAGACCCCAAGUCAAUGGACGAGGUUGCCUCGGCUGAGCAGUCACAUGUCAAACAGCGCAGAUGGCAAUUAUUCAAAUUAGCCGGUAUUGGGCAGCUUGACGACGCCAUUAGUUUGGCAGAGAAAUUUCGAGAUAUGAGCGCACUAGUGGAGCUCAUAAUUGAGCUCCAAGAUCAAACGAAAUGCCAGCUUUUCUCCGAAAUCAAUUCAGAUGACCCCGAUGCCGUUAUCCUCGACAAAAAAUCUGGUGAGCUCGGCAGGAAGAUCUCUCAUUAUUUCGAAAAAUUUGGUGAAUCUUGGGCAAAUGCUUUCUUUUCCCGUCAGAUUUCAAUGGGUCAGUCGGGUGUGUUAUUUGCCAUGAGGAAGUUCCAGCCGUUUAUCACUCGGUUUUUACGCAAGAACCCGGCUUAUCAACGACUGAGUUGGAUUAAUGAUGUUGUUGGUGAAAAUGACUACGGCACCGCCGCUCAAUGCUUGAAAAACUUGGCCAUUGAGCAAGAAUCCGAUCUCUGGAGUCACCGUGUCGAACUUUCUUUGGUGAAGCUUUCAAGUCUAGCCGCGUGGGAGAGCACAGAUUCAGCCCACGAUUCCAUACACCAGAGUGACAUCAAGCGCUUUGAGGACUACGCCGAACUAGACGCUGUUCAGGAAGUCAUCCAUGCACACAUUACGCCGGCAUUGCAAGAUGCCAUUGAUCAAAAGGCUGAAAUAGACCUAGCAGUAGAACAAUUUGGGAGGCAUAUUGCUGAAUAUAGGCCUUCGCUCCAUGAGGUGCUUGCUAACGCGCUUACAAGGGUGGUUGCGCGAGAAGUGGUGGGUAUUGACCAAUUGGUUGAUCUUUUGACGUUACUAGAUACUACUCGGGCUCCUGAUUAUGAGCAAACCGAGCUUUCUGGGAAAGAGUUUUACUUGGCUCUGCGGGCUAUACAUCUGGGGUGCUGCGGUCAAAGAGAUCAGUCAUAUACUAGCGCUUUGCAAAAGCUGGUGUGGCGGAGAUGCAUGAUCAGGGAUAGUUGGGAGGGCAUGGGCGCAACCGAGGGCUUGAGCAAUGAAGCUCAUGACACUGCACUGUGUCACACUCUGGUCUUGUGUCUAAAAGAUCAGCAUGAACAUGGAGAUGAUAGCUCUCUCUAUGUCCCUAUUUCGCCGGCAGAUGUGAUGCUGAGUGAACCAGAGUUGGAUGUUCUCUGUUUGCAGUUUCGUUCAGAACAAAGAGCCCGGGUCGCUCGCGAUCUCGUCAAGGAAAGUGAAACGUUCAGUCGAUAUAUGGAAUUGGGAAAUCUAGAAUUCUGGUUCAAGGAUCUACUAUCUUUUGCACGGAUAGUUGCUGCAUCCCCUGGCAGGGCAGAUGACUGA